UGUGUGUGUGUACACUUCUCCAUCGCCCUUACGUCUACUUUGCUUUACCUGUUCAUUGGACUCAUUCAUGUCAAUCAAGCAGACAGGAUGCAGACCUUGACCCAGCAUGUCCCCUUCCCUCGGGCCGCUUACUCCCAAGCCCGGGAAAACCUGGUGAAGGCCAUCCCGCCCAAACUCCUCUGCUUGCUGGCCUGCGGGGGACUGGACUGUCGUUACGAAGGACCAGACUGUUGGAAAGCGAGCCAGCAGGUCAUCCGUGGCAUUUUCUCCUCAUGGGUGACCGAUGACAUCAUCGCUAUGGCACGGCCGUCCACAAUCUUGAUUGAAAAGUUCGACGUUAUAGAACAAUUUCAGAGGUUGAAUAUAAGAUCCAUCAUAAACAUGCAAGUACCUGGCGAACAUGCGCACUGCGGACCCCCUUUGGACCCUGGAAGUGGCUUCACAUACCUGCCGCAGAUCUUCAUGGAGAAUGACAUUUAUUUCUACAACUUUGGGAUGCCAGAUUUCGGCGUGUCCUCCCUCGUCGGCAUCAUCGAUGGCGUAAAGGUGUUGGCCUUCGCUGCGGGGGAGGGAAGGGUUGCUGUGCACUGCCACGCCGGUCUGGGCAGAACAGGUCUGGGCAGAACAGGUCUGGGUUGGGAUUUGCGCUAGCGGGUGUGGAUACACAACUUGACACUGAUUGCUCCACAGGUGUCCUAAUAGCCUGCUACUUAGUCUACACUUUGCGGAUCAGUCCCAGUGAGGCCGUGCACUACGUCCGCAUCAAAAGGCGGGCUGCAGCCAGGGCCACUUGCUGGCUGCAGCCCGCAGAUCGAGGAGGGGCUUAUUUUCCCUCAAUGUGGGCGGGUCUCAACGUUGAGCCCGCGGGCUCCAUCUGGUGGCGGAGAUCCGGCAGCACACAUUCUCAAACGUCAAUAAAGCUACUUUUAACUUGUCAAAUGUAUUUUUUUUACCAUGAAAAAACAAUUAAAAAAAUAUAUAUAUAUAUAUAUAAACCAUAGUAUGAAAAAAGGUUCAUGUAUUUGAUAGACUUAGACAUUCCUACUUUUAACUUGUCAAAUGUAUCUGCCAUCUUUUUUGUAGUUUUAUUCCUUUUUUAUUAUCUUCAUUAUUUUCUGUAUUGAUCCUACACUAUUAUUGUGUUUUUUUGUUACUUCUGAUAUGGCCUUGCCACGGUUUACUUGCUUGUUUAUUUAUUUAUUUUUUGUGUCUUUUUAUUUUGUAUUGUUUUACAUCUGAUCAACUUCUGUGACUUUCCUUUUCUUUUUUAAGUGUGAACGGUGGAGAGGUCCUCGAGAGGUGAUCUUGGGAUCACUUCCUGAGGAUCCUUGAUGCCGAGGAAUGUUCAUCCACUAUGGUCUGGAUAGCCUGUAGCUGAUCCUGAGCCAGAGCGGGAUGGAUGGAUAUAUAUAUAUAUAUAUAUAUAUAUAUAUAUAUAUAUAUAUAUAUAUAUAUAUAUAUAUACAUACAAAAUCUGGGUAUCUUUUCUAAUACUGUUUAUACUGUAAACCUUGAAUUGUUAAAGUUUAAGUGCACCUCUCUCCUCAAGUGUGCAUGUGAGUGGGUAUGAGUGGAUGUGCGAUUGUAUGAAGGUUU